CUUUGCCGGUUGAAUAAAUAAAAAUUAAAGAAGAGUGAUAUAUAUGUCAUAAUAACAUACAUAAGUGAGUGUUUUUGUGGUGUAGAGUGUAUCAUAUGAAAUGGAAAUGGGUAGUAGGUGGUGGUGGGUGGCGGUUUUCACCGUUUUCUUUCUGCCGGUGAUAAUAAUCACGACAGUGUUGUUGCCCGGAGCUACAGUGAAAGAUGUUGAUACCACAGGGGCGGGGACGGGAUUUCUUCAAACGGAUUCCCGAUGGAUCGUGGGCCGAGAUGGGCGAAGGGUGAAGCUGGCGUGUGUGAAUUGGGUUUCCCACUUGGAAGUUGCGGUGGCGGAAGGGCUCAGCAAAAGGCCCGUGGAUUCCAUAUCGAAGGAAAUAAAGUCCAUGGGCUUCAACUGCGUGAGGCUCACUUGGCCCACUCUUUUGGUGACCAACGAUUCUCUGGGUUCUCUCUCCGUUAGAGCCUCGUUUCAGAAGCUGGGCCUCCUUGAAGCCGUGGGCGGAGUGCAGAGCAACAACCCCUCCAUCAUCGAUCUUUCCCUCAUCCAAGCUUUUCAGGCAGUGGUGAAGAGUGUUGGAGACAAUGGUGUGAUGGUGAUUUUGGACAACCACCUGACCCGGCCAGGAUGGUGUUGCGGUAACACAGACGGCAAUGGCUUCUUCAAUGACAAUUUCUUCAACCCAGAUCAGUGGAUAUUGGGCCUCACCAAGAUGGCCACCCUUUUCAAGGGAGUUACCACAGUCGUAGGUAUGAGCUUGAGGAAUGAACUGCGAGGAUCUAGACAGAAUGCUAAUGAUUGGUACAAGUAUAUGGUAAGAGGAGCAGAAGCAGUUCAUGCAGCAAAUUCAGACGUUCUUGUCAUUCUCUCUGGUCUAAAUUUCGACACAGAUUUAUCAUUUAUUCGAGAUCGACCAGUGAGCCUAACGUUCAAAGGAAAACUAGUAUUUGAGGUGCACAGAUAUGGCUUCACUGAUGGUCAAGCUUGGGUUGAUGGAAACCCAAACGAAGUCUGUGGAAGAGUGACAAAUAAUAUAAGGCAAACAUCUGCAUAUUUAUUAGACCAAGGAUGGCCAUUGUUUGUGAGUGAGUUUGGUGGAGAUUUGAGAGGUACUAAUGUUAAUGACAAUCGAUACCUUACUUGCUUUUUGGCAUUGCUAGCUGAGCUUGAUUUGGAUUGGGCCUAUUGGUCACUUGUUGGGAGUUACUACUUUAGAGAAGGUGUUGUAGGAAUGGAAGAGUUUUAUGGAGUUCUCACUUGGAAUUGGACUCAAGUUAGGAGUAUCAGUUUCUUAAACAGAAUCAGUGCACUCCAACUUCCAUUUAGAGGACCAGGAAUCAUAGAAGGAAAUUCACACAAAUUGAUGUUUCAUCCCUUGACAGGUCUCUGCAUCAUAAGAAAAUCAGAGCUAAAUACACUAACACUGGGUUCUUGUUCUUCUUCUGAUGGUUGGAAAUACACAUCUCAGAAGACUUUAUUGGUAAACAAUACAAACUUAUGCAUACGUGCAGAGACACAAAGGAAGCCUGCAACACUUAGCAGUGCAUGCUCAGAUUCUAACUCUAUAUGGGAAGUGAUAUCAGAUUCGAACAUGCACCUUUCAUCUAAACUAAGUGAUGGUUCUAAUGUAUGCUUAGACGUAGAUGAUAAUAACAUUAUUGUGACUAAUACUUGUAAAUGCUUGAGUAAAGAUAACAAGUGUGAACCUGGAAGUCAAUGGUUCAAACUUCUUGACAGUGGAAGGAGGUCAAUCUCAACAACCUCCAUUUCAGAAUCAUCAAACCUUUUGUGGGAACUUUAGGAAAUUCUGUAUAAUGUUAAUGUCAUGAAAUGUAUCCUUU